GUCGAUACGUUGUCAAGAUUGGAGAUGUUCUCCAGGGCUUCUUUGGUCUUCGUCUACAACGUUGCCAUGUUUUUCAGAGCUAAAGCGUAUGAAGACAAAGCUGUCAUUAUGGAUGGGCCAGAGAACCCUACCAAGCUCAAGAAGGCCCUCCAAGCCAGGAAAGCAGACCAAGCAAACAAAGGAUCUCAGAAGAAUGCUGUUCAGGGCUCCUCGGCCUCCAAGGCCAUACAGGGAGCCACUGCUUCCAAUUUCAUAUCAGAGAAUGAUGUCUUCCUGAUGCCAUUGAAAGGAGAAAUGGCAGUGGUUGGCAUCGACAACUUUACCUUUGCGGAAAAGAGCAUUAUUUAUCUUCCCGAAGCAGAAAAGAUCAAGCUCACAGCAAAAGGAGACACGCUAGUCCUCACCAUAGAGGGCAGCAGACUGCUCAGCUUAUGCAACUCGUAUCCCGACAUACAAAUCAACGUGCCUCGGCCGGUUUUAUGAUUAUAAAAUUCUCUAAGUUAUUUAAUUCAGCAGAAUAUAUUUAUAUACUUAUAUAUUAUACAAUGAUGUUGUAAAUUGUACAAAGUAGCUUCUAAACUCCAUGUAUAACUGGGACAAACAAUCUGUAUAGUUUUUUAUUACUUUUAUCUCAUAUUUAAAAUUCCUGUAUUAUUAUUCCUGCAGAAUGCUUUCAAUUUUGUAUUUUUUUUAAUGAAAUAUAUAUGUAAGAAACUGGAAAAUGAAAUGGAAGUGUGCUAGUACAAUUUGCAUAAAAAAACAUAGAGAAGAAUCCCAGUUUGAAAAGCAGUAUACAAAAUUU